AUGAGUGAAGACGCCAAGAGAAGCGUCCCUGGAGCUCUGUCGGCUAAGCCUAAUUCCGACGACCGGAAACCCUCGCCGGCGGUCACCACAGCCACCGGCAAGCGUGUCAUCAUCAAGAGCGCCGACAUGUUCCAGGAUAUGCAGAAGGAGGCUGUCGACAUCGCCAUCGGCGCAUUUGAGAAGCACAGCGUAGAGAAGGACGUUGCGGAGUAUAUUAAGAAGGAGUUCGAUAAGAGGCAUGGACCCACUUGGCAUUGCAUCGUCGGUCGUAAUUUUGAAUUUUGGGUGAUGAUGAACAAAUCUAAUGCAUGGUUUUGUGCUUUUAGUUGCUAUUGGGGUUUUUCUAGUUUGAUGAGGAUGGGUUGUGCCGUUGAGCCUAAUAUGCUAUGGCUAGAUCAAUGUCUUAUCGAUGCCUUAGGAGGAGGCACAUAA